UCCGGGGAGGCGGGGGGAAUGUGUACCGCGGAGGAGCGGCCAGCUCAUGGAGCUGCCAGCAGCGCCCACAGCUUCUCACAUUCGGGCGAGGCCAGCUCCUGUCUGAACCCGGAGGCUGCAGUCUACAGUCAGGGGCCGGGGUCAGUCGGUAUUUUCCGCUCUGGUAAACGGAGACGCAUCCUCAGCAUCCCCGGUUUGCUGUCGGCGGUGGCCCAUAUAAUGAUGAGAUUCCAGGAUGCGGUCAGAUUGACACAAAGAAUGACCCGAACUCUGUGCGCACUGUGUAUUUUUCUGUUCCUAUGGGGUUUUCUGUUGGGUACCACCGAGGGAGCUGGGAAGAAGAGGAAUCGUAGCUCCCAAGGGGUAAUCCCAUCCCCAGACAAAGGGCAGCCAAACAAUUCCGAGCAGGCUGGGAACCGGAGUAACGUGGAUGAGGUCUUGGAGUCGAGUCAUGAGGCGCUGCAUGUCACCGAGAGGAAGUACCUGAAACGGGACUGGUGCAAAACACAGCCCCUCAAGCAAACAAUCCACGAAGAGGGUUGCAACAGCCGCACCAUCAUCAAUAGGUUCUGCUACGGCCAGUGCAAUUCCUUUUACAUACCAAGGCAUGUCCGCAAGGAGGAGGGCUCCUUUCAGUCCUGCUCUUUCUGCAAGCCUAAGAGAUUCACCACCAUGACAGUUACCCUUAACUGUCCUGACCUGCAGCCAUCAAUUAAGAAGAAAAGAAUCCAGAGAGUUAAACAGUGUCGUUGCAUUUCCAUAGACCUCAACUAAAGCAACAGUUAUUACUACUAACAUCAUUCAGCAAUUUAUCACAUUAUAUUUCAUAGGCAAAAAUACUGGGACAUACACAUUUAUACAUGUUUGUAUCCUCCUAUCUUUAUUUUGUUCAAGGAACUGGAUUGAAAUCCAAACCCCCAAGUUGAUAAUUUCCACUGUGUGGAAUGUGAAUAGUCAAUAAGAAGGAUAUGAAUAUUUAAAUAAUUAUUUCAAGGCUUUUGUUCUGAAAGUUAUGGGUAUUUAAUAAUUAAUUUGUUUCAUUGCGAGAUUUUAUUCAGCCCAUAAUAUUACAUGGUUGACCAAAAGGGAGGUAAUUUUGGCAUUGUUUGUUGUAGAUUAAUUAAAAUAAUUCCAAGCUAUCUCUAGCAGCUUGAAGUUAAAAUCCAUGUGAACUGAUGAAACAUCCAAUAGUUUAGCUUUGAAAUUUGCAGCACAUCAUGUAUACUUUCAUUGACAUAUAUGUAGGAGUAAAAAGAGGUGGGAAAUCCAACAAGCCCAGGCAACAUCCACCUUCUCACACACAAUUUACACUCACUGUUUUGACUAGCAGAAGAUUAGUUGCAUUGUAAGUAUCCUAGAUCUAUAACCGACCACUGAAUGUGUAUAGGACUUUCAGACUCAGAGAAACAAAAGUGUUUUUGUCAAACCACUCAGUACUAUUAAAUAUUCAACAUGAUCUGUUAUUAAAACAUAUUACUAAUCAACAGGCAGCUUUAACAUGCAGAUUGCAAAAGGUCUUAUGUAUGUAACUCUGAACAGCAGCACUAUGGGAUAGAAUUUCAGCUUCAUGGCCUGUGUGAUAAUGUAUGGUGUAGCUAGUCAUAGCUUUAUUCGACCUGACCAAUUUUCACCAUUUUAAUUAAUGCAGUGGAUAUCAGGCAGGUUCUAUAGAUGGUAUACAAUCCACUCUUGCCAUCUAUUACUACACAGGUAGUGAGGCCAGAAAUCAGAUCCAAUGCUUCAUACAAUAUUGUUUUUCCUCAAUGUUUAUAGUCUCCCUUUGGGUGUGUGUUAAUUUGACUUUUUUUUGUGAUACUUGAAAUGUGCCCUCAAGCAGAACAAAUAAAGACCAAUAAGUGUAACUACUACCACAAUUAUAAAAAG